GCAUAACCCCAUUUUUCAAAAUGUUUUUAAUCCUCUAAUGUAAAAGCAACAUUUUUAACAAUAAUUCCUAUUUAAUUGCAACAAAUAACAACAAAAACCCAAUUAAACAAUGUCCAGGUUGAUUGUGAAAAACUUGCCAAAAACCACCACAGAAGAUAAAUUAAGAGAAUUAUUCAAUCAAAAUGGCACGAUAACAGACAUCCAGCUUAAAUACACAAAAGAAGGUGCCUUUAGGAGAUUCGGGUUCAUAGGGUUCCAGAACCAGGACGAGGCUGAUAGAGCUAUCGAGGCCCUAAAUAAUACUUUUGUUAAUACGAGUAAAAUUAGUGUUGAAAAGUGCGCCCUUUUAGGAGACGCAAAUAAACCUAAAGCUUGGAGCAAGUAUGCUACUGAUAGUUCAGCCUUUAAAAAAGCAAAUAAGAAAAAUGUUAAAAUUGAGACAAAGAAGGAGAAAAAGAAUGACGAGGAAUUGGAAAUUCUAGAGAAGUAUAAAAAUGACCCAAUGUUUGAAGAAUUCUUGCAAGUGCACGGCAAAGCCGACAAAUUAGCCGAACUAAAAGAAAAACUGGCAAAAUCCAAACCGGAAGAUGAAGAUUCUGGCACCCACUCUGACAAAGAAACUCCUAUUAUUGAAAAAUCAGAAAAACCAGUUUCUGAUUUGGAAUACAUGAAAUUACUAAUGAAAGGUGUAUCAAACACUGAAGCAAAUUUAGAAAGAAAACCUCGCCAAAAAAUGGAAAAGAAACCAAAAGAAAAAGUGGAACUUUUUAAUUUAAAGCUUAAAGAUUUGCCUUAUACAAUUAAAAAAAAGGACAUUAAGGAAUUUCUUAGACCUAAUUUGCCUUUCAGCAUUAGAAUUCCUAGAAACAUACACGGAAUUGCUUUUGUUGGUUACAAAACGGAAAAAGCUUUCAAAAAAGCUUUGGCUAAAGACAAAAGUUUUCUUAAAGGUAAACAAAUUCAAGUAACCCACUACGAAAUAAAACACUCAAACACCCAACAAACCAAUCCAAAAGAAGCCAAAUGGAAAAACCAAGAAGAGUCCCUCAAAAACGAAGAAAACAUUGCAGAAUCUGGCAGGAUAUUCCUGAGAAACUUGGCCUACACGACAACCGAAAAAGACAUUGAAGAUUUAUUCACAAAAUAUGGCCCUUUGACCGAAAUCAACCUACCAAUAGACUCAACAACCAGAAAACCUAAAGGCUUUGGAGUAAUAACAUUUAUGAUGCCUGAACAUGCAGUCAAAGCCUAUACUGAACUAGAUGGUUCAAUUUUACAUGGUAGAAUGAUGCAUUUGCUACCAGGCAAAGCCAAAGACAAUCCAGAAGAAAACUUAGAAGAAUCUACAAAUUUUAAACAAAAAAAAGCUUCUCAAUUAAAAUCGCAAGCUGGUUCUUCACACAAUUGGAACACUUUAUUCCUUGGACAUGAUGCAGUUGCUGAAGUUAUUGCCGAUAAUUAUGACAUUGCAAAAGAAGUCGUACUAGGACCUGAUGGAAAAGGUAGCGCCGCUGUACGUUUGGCUAUUGGAGAAACUCAAAUUGUUACCCAAACGAGGAAGUAUUUAGAGGAACAAGGAGUUGUUGUGGAUUGUUUCAACACAGUGGCUAAAUCGAGAUCCAAAACGGUUAUUUUAGUUAAAAAUUUACCUUCCAGGACCGAAGCUAGGGAGCUUAAGGAAAUAUUUGCCAAGCAUGGGGAAUUGGGCAGGAUUAUUUUGCCUCCUAGUGGGAUAACUGCCAUUGUCGAAUUCCUAGAACCAUCAGAAGCCAGGAAAGCCUUCACAAAACUAGCAUACUCCAAAUUCAAAAAUGCCCCAUUGUAUCUCGAGUGGGCCCCUGAAAAUUCCCUUUCAGAAGCCAAAUCUUUCACAGCAAAACAAGAAGAAAUAAACCCUUUUAAAACACCACAAAUUACUACAAAUCCAGAACCAAUUAUUGAAAGCGAAGAUGAUGAAGAACCAGAACCAGAUACAACGUUGUUUGUUAAAAAUCUCAACUUCCAAACAACUGAUGAAGGCCUUAAAAACCAUUUCGAAGGCUGUGGCAAGUUGAAAUAUGCCACAGUUGCAGUUAAAAAGGACAUAAAUAAUCCCGGCAAUAAACUAUCAAUGGGUUAUGGUUUUGUGCAAUUCUACUUAAAAAAAAGCGCUGAUAAAGCGCUGAAAUCUUUACAGCAAAGCGUCCUUGACAAUAAGUCUUUGGAAUUGAAGCGAUCAGAAAGGACGCUGAAAAAUGAAGUUACUGCAACAAGAAAAGUUACUAAGUUAAUCAAGCAAACAGGCUCAAAGAUUUUAGUUAGAAAUGUCCCAUUUCAAGCCAACAGGAAGGAAAUAUUUGAGCUUUUUAAUACUUUUGGCGAAAUAAAAGCUUUGCGGUUGCCCAAAAAAAUGACUCCCGGUGCUGAUUCACAUAGAGGAUUUGCAUUUGUUGAUUAUGUUUCUUCUACAGAUGCCAAAGCUGCAUUUGAAGCACUGAGUCAAAGUACCCAUUUAUAUGGGAGGAGGCUUGUUUUAGAAUGGGCCUCAACUGAGGAAGGUGUUGAGGAAAUAAGGAAAAGGACUGCGGAUCAUUUUGGGGAAGCUGAAGAGGCUAGCAAAUCCAAAAAAAGCGUUUUUAAUAUGGAUUGAAUAAUAAAGUGUCCUUUGCCUCCUCGGAAAUCGGCACUUCGGCAGGAAAAAUCAACGUUUCGCGCCAAUUCAUCACUUUCCUGUACGUGUCCUGAGGAUUUUCCGAACAAAACGGCGGAUACCCGAUCAACAUUUCAUACAUAAUCACACCUAGUGACCACCAAUCGCAAGCCGGACCGUAACCGGUUUGCAGGAAAACUUCCGGCGCUAUAUAAUCAGGAGUACCGACUGUACUGUAAGCCAAAGCUCUUCGGUUCUUUUUCCAACUUUCGGCGCGACGUUUCGAAUCCAU